AUGAAAAUGAAGAUCUCGCGAAACUACGUGUAUUAUCUGAAAACAAGCGGCGUCUGCGUCACAGUAAUUGGGGCCGGCUGGUUCCUGUAUCAGCUGCGGCAGAUAUCGCGGAUCGUCCGGUCCACCGUCAACACGGACGUUCUAAAUUUGGAACAAACGCAAGCACAGUACAUUUAUAUCGACGAUCCUCGAUUCAAAAACAUUUUUAUGUUCGGGAAGGAUGAGGACCUGAAGGAGUCCGCGUCGGAGAAGCCACGGAGCUUCAGUAGAGCUUUAGCGCAAUGGUGGAAGAUAAAGAAUCAUAAACUCGCGUACAAGCUGUUGCACAUGGCACAGAAAGGAGAAACUGAACGAUUCAAGGCCGUGACCGUUCUCAACUCUCUGUCUUUGAAAGAUUGGCAGUACCAUGGCUUGGCACAGAUGAUGGACGCCAAGACAGCAGUAGCCCUCGCAAGAAUGCCAGACGCUAAUUCACGAUUCUUUCUGCAGCCACCAUACUAUCAUGUGCAGUACAACUUACACGAUAUAUUGGAGAAAGUGCAUUCGUUGCUGUUGCAUCUGAAUAGUUUAUGUGAUAAUGCGCACCUGUGCCUCACGCAGUUCCUUAACAGUAAAUUCAAAGAUUCGCCUCGAUAUCUCAUAGGAUUGUUCGAUCAUGAUUUAAGUAGCGUGAGUCACUCCGUAGAAUCAACUACCGUUUGGGACAAUGAAUUGCUCAAGAAUUGCGUGGGAGCGAUCUGCCAUCACUCUUCCAUGGAGGAAUACAGCAAACACUUGGUCGACGCCGGAGCUCUGCCUCUACUAAUCGCGAUAGAGAAGAUGUGCGGCGAUGACGUAGAGGUCUGCAUACUGCUCGCGAGGAUAUUGUCCAACGUGUCCCUUCACUCGGAGUAUUUAGGCAGCAUCUACGAGUCCGGAUGGAUUGGCAUAUUGUCACGUUGGUCCCGCAGCGACGAUAUCCGUCUGUCGGCGCAGGCGAUCUGUGCACUGGCAAAUUUAGACGGGGACGAGAACGAGGGCGCCAAGUAUCCACAGCGCAUCUACCUUCUUCACCCAUCCCAUCGCGCUCACGUAGCCACGAAGAUGGAUGUCGUGUUCUUGCACGGGCUUCUGGGCGGAGUUUUCGUUACCUGGAGACAGCGAGACGUAGAUAGCUCCGCACCCAGGGCUAUAGACGAUGCAUCGAGUAAGAUGGAUUACCUAUCUACCAUGAUCGACGACGAUCGUCCCCAGGAAUUCUUCAAAGACCUGGCCCGCGAUCUGCACUUACGUGAAUGGAGAAAGAUAGGCCACGAUUUCGAGGUGGUGCUGGACGACUGCCCGCAGGACAUGAAUGCUUCCGCGAGCGGACCUUUCUCUUGCAGGGGCGAUGACGCUUGCAUGGAGGACGAUCUCGAGUCCGCGCCUAAAACGCGAUGCUGGCCGAAAGACUGGUUACCCAUGGACAUACCGUUCUUGCGAAUUAUAGGUAUUAACUACGACACGAGCUUAUCCAUGUGGACUCCUUUCUGCCCGAUCGAAAGUACGAAGAGCACUAUUAGAGAGAGAAGCGAGGACUUGGUUGCCAGAUUGCGAAUGGCGAACCUGGGACAGCGGCCGCUCGUAUGGGUUGGCCAUUCGAUGGGUGGAUUGUUAAUUAAAAAAAUGCUCGUAGAAGAGUGGAAAACUGGGGAUAGGCACGAUAUCUGCAAGAAUACCAAGGCUAUCUUAUUCUAUAGUACUCCGCACCGAGGCUCUCACGUGGCCGCUCUGAAGCAGACGACGCAGAUGCUGGUAUGGCCGACAGUUGAGGUCCAAGAAUUGCGCGAAGAAUCGCCGCAAUUGCUGAAACUGAACGAGGAGUUCCUACAAAUGUUAGAGACCUAUCGCAUAGAUAUCGUGAGCUUCACCGAGACGAAACCUACGCCGGUAACCGCGCUCAAGUUUCCCUUGCAGUUCGUCAGCUGCCCCUCGGCAGAUCUUGGCGUGGGGGAGUUCUUUCAGAUACCGCAGGAUCAUUUGUCGAUAUGCAAGCCGGCUAGCAGGCAAUCCUUCUUGUACCAAAAGCUUCUGAGUGUCCUGAGACGCCAUGUCGAUUCUCGAGAAAAGGCCAACAUUUCUUAUCUCGUUUCUUUGUUCGACAAAUUAUUCUAGGCUGCUACAAGAGUUUUAUAUGUAUAUAUUUUUUUACGCGAUUGAAUGUAAGAGCGACUGAUUGUUGAAGAGAAUUUGUUUUCCGUUUGUGUUUUAUUUGUGACGAGGAGGAAUAAAAUGCAGUUCGUUGCGGGAUCG